CAAUGAAUGGCAGGAUUAAGAUAAAAAGAAAAUAAGUAAUUUGUCUUGUAAUAUGUAUGAAUGAGCUAAGUGGAAAGUGAAAACGUGCCUCUUUACUAACGAAACCAAAGCAUGAAGAUGAAGAAGAAGAUGAAUUGCUACUGGUGGCAUGCCCUGAUAAUGAGUGGUUGUGUGUUGGGCUUGUGCGUGGGCAUAGGAGGUUGUGUAUGUGUGGUGGAGAACGAGAAUGGAAGAAUCAUCAUUGAUAUUAGUCACAGGUACCAGCCUGAUAUGCCUGCCUGGGAAUCCAAGGAUAGCCUUGGGCAGUUUUUGUGGCUUACAAGAAGCAUGGCCAAUGGUUCUCUGGCUAACUUCUCCCAAUUCAAGCUCCCCGCUCACAGCGGCACCCAUGUCGAUGCUCCCGGACAUGUUUUCGAUCACUAUUUCCAUUCUGGCUUUGAUGUCGACUCUCUCGAUUUACUACUCCUUAAUGGCCCUGCACUAUUAGUUGAUGUUCCAAGAGAUACAAACAUCAGUGCUGGUGUUAUGAAGUCAUUGAAUAUUCCGAGGGGCGUACGUCGUGUGCUCUUCCGAACAUUAAAUACUUACAGGCGGCUUAUGUAUCAGAAGGAAUUUGACACAAGCUAUGUGGGAUUCACAGAAGAUGGAGCAAAUUGGCUAGUGGAGAACACUGACAUUAAGCUUGUGGGAAUAGAUUAUCUAUCUGUUGCUGCUUACGACCACUUGAUUCCAGCUCACCUUGUUUUUCUGAAAGGCAGGGAAAUCAUUCUCGUGGAAGGCCUGAAGCUUGAUGAUGUGGCAGCAGGAAUAUAUACGGUCCAUUGCUUACCUCUUAGGUUGGCUGGUGCUGAGGGAUCACCCAUAAGAUGCAUUCUCAUCAAAUAAUAAGUCAACAGCUAGCAGUCCAAAUGCCGACACGACAUGCAGCAGUGGUUUAUGCUUGGAAAUGGGUCUUAAUUACGAGCAUAAGGUUGAGUUUCAAUGUAGUUUUCUUAAAUACGAAUAAGUUGGAAAAAUAAAUAUAAAGUGGUGUCCCGUGUCCAUUUGGAGCAAGGUAUCAUAAAUGCUUAGCAAAGUGCAUAAACGCUCCUACAAAUCAUUUCAGAAAUAAAGCAGUAUGGAUAUUGGAUGAUAUAUAAAGUACUAUGUAAUAUGCAGUGAAGGUAUAACAAAUGUCAAAUAGCAAUUAUUCUUACGUACUUUUAAAUACACUAUAUGGAUGGAUGUUUGGAAUUAUUAUUUUUUAAGAAGGAUGUUUGGAAUUGUUUAAAUAAUAACAAUGUGUGUGGUUUCUAA